GGACUGGAUGGGCUUUAAGGUCCCUUCCAUCCUAAACCAUUCCAUGAUUUUAAGUGUUGUUAUCUUGCCCAAGUCCACAUGUUGUUGGAUAAUACCUGUUUAUGUACCUGGUUUUGCUGUAAUCUAGUCCCUUAUCCUGGGAUCUUGCAGCUGGAGCUUGGCUUGAGGAUGUUUAGGCUGCACAGUGAAACUUUCCCUCUGAAGGAGUUUUAGCCACUGACCAUCCAGGCUGAGCCCUGUCAUCACUUAUUAGACACAAAACGUUUCCCUGGCUGUGCAGCUGAGGCCUGUUAUCCCCAGGCCCUGGAUCUAAGGGCUUGCAGGAAUCCUGCCCAAAUUAAGUGGUGAGCUGGGAAAUAGCAACUCCUGUGCAAGUGUAUCCCCGAGCUCUGAACAGAAACACCAGUGGGUUGGAUCCUGGAGUUCAGGUUCGUUCCCACAGGUUUGGGCUCAUCCCUGGGGGAAGCUCCCCUUCCUUUUGCUGGGAGCUGGGAUGGAGUCUCAGUGCAGCUGAACAAGUGGAAGGUGAACACAUCUCAGGAACUGAUUAUCCAGUGUCAGACUUGUUUGUAUGUGCUUGUCCUUGCAGAAGGAAAUAUCCUUAAUGCUGUUUUGUGGGUCCAAACCAUGUCUUUCUGUAGGGAAAUCAGUUGUCCCAGGAACUUCUGUGCCAUUACCCGUGGAAGCAAAGGUGGCUGAAGAGGGGAAUAUCCAGAAGUUUCUGUCAUAGCUUCUGAGUUGGGAAGGAGCACGGAGAGCCAGGAGCCAACACAUCAUCUCAACACCUAAAUGAAGCUUUAAGUCUGAUCUGUUGCUCUUUCUGAAACCUCCCCAGGGAACACUCCCAACAGAAAUGGCAGAAAAGGUGAACAACUUCCCCCCACUCCCCAAGUUCAUCCCCCUGAAACCCUGUUUCUACCAGAAUUUCGCCGAUGAAAUUCCCAUCGACCACCAGUUCCUGGUGAAGAGAAUCUACCACGUCUGGAUCUUUUACUGCAUCACCCUGGCAGUGAACAUCGUUGCCUGCCUGGCCUGGUGGAUCGGGGGAGGCUACGGGGUCAACUUUGGCCUGGCCAUCCUGUGGCUGCUCCUCUUCAGCCCCUGUGGCUACGUCUGCUGGUUCCGACCUGCCUACAAAGCCUUCCGGUCAGACAGCUCCUUUAACUUCAUGGCCUUUUUCUUCAUCUUCGGGGCACAGUUCGUCCUGACGGUGCUGCAGGCAAUCGGCUUCUCCGGAUGGGGCGCGUGUGGGUGGUUGGCAGCCAUCACCUUCUUCAGCACCAGCGUCGCCGCCGCCGUGUUCAUGCUGUUCCCUGCCAUCAUGUUCACCCUGUCGGCCGUGGCCAUGCUCAUCUGCAUCCUAAGGGUACAUAAAAUCUACCGAGGGGGUGGUGGAAGCUUCCAGAAGGCUCAGGACGAGUGGAACAGCGGUGCCUGGAGGAACCCCCCCAGCAGGGAGGCCCAGUACAGCAAUUUUUCUGGGAACAGCCUGCCAGAGUAUCCCACAGUGCCCAACUACCCCCCAGGAAACCAAUGGCCUUAAGCAGCAGCAGCUGCAAACUGCCUGGAUUCUCUCCUUUUUGGUCUUUUAAUUCUUGUCAUUGGAAAAGAUCAUUUGCAUUCCCUCCCCCAGGCACCCCAGUCACCUUUUUGGGACCUUUUUGGUUCUCGUCUCCUGGUCCCUGUGGAAGAUCCUGUCAGCCCUUCCCACCUCCACUGCACGGCCGUGGCACAAAGCUUUUUUGUUUGCCUUGAGCUACCAGUAUUUGCCUCGUUGCAGACUGAGGAACAAACCCUUCAACAACUGCCCUUCCUCGAGGGAAUCCUCUCCUGACCAUCCCCGAAAAAGGCUCAACUUCCCCCAGUGGCAACACUAACCACAGCUGCUCCUGCUCAGCUUCCCUGGAAUGCACAGCACCCCGCAGCAAUCACAGCUUUAGUAGCAACUGGUGUUUACUCUCCUGGAUGAAUAAUGUGGAAUUUUUCACUCUAAGGGAAAUGCAAGACUUAAAUUAUUUGGUACUAGUGAUAGGGAAGGGAUCUGUGAAACCCCCGCCCUCCCCGCCGGGAACGGGAGCUGUGAAGGCCACGAGAGUCCUCCUUUGUCUGGCUCAGACUGCUGUGAUGCUCCAAGUCCUGCCUUCCCUGCUGCCAAAGCUUUUUGCCGGAUCUUUGUGCUUCAAAAGGUGCAGAUUCAUCUCAUGAGGUUGGUGGUUGCUCACUGGAAUCCGGCACCGAGCCGGCCCUGGGGAUGUGCCCCCCGUGCAGGGCUCAGCACGAGAGCUCCCCACCACGGACCUUCCAGCCAGGCCUUGUGCUGCCCUGAGAAAUGCCCCACCAGACACACCUUGUCCUGUUGGGGGUCCCUUUUCCGGGGGUCCCUUUCCCAGGGCUCCCAGCCAGGGCCGGAUGGAGGAUAACGCUGGGUCUGGGUGCUGGGCCCCCAGUGCGGUUUGGAAGCGGUUCUGUUACAAUGAAUGGUUUAAUUCUGCCUUCUGCUGAUGGCCUUGGACUCCAAACAUUACAGUGGGGCUGGGAGGACCAGGGAGGGCUCCUUAGUGUGAGCUGGGCAGUCCUGGUCUGCAGCACUUCCCUUCCAGGAGAGGGAGGUUCCUGCCUUUCUCCAAGGAUCAGCUGGAGGGAGGAUGAAGCUGUUGAGAGGGAUUGUUUUCCCUGGCUCUGCCUCUUCAUUCAUCUCCAUUCUGUGCCUGCACAUCAGGGCUCCUGGAGCCUGAGCCAUCCAAUUCCCUGUGUCUUGUCCUGAUCCAGGCAGCAAAGGCUGCGGUUUCCUCUUCCCCCUCAAAACCUGCUGUGAUGUUUUUUUCAAACUUGUCCAAACUGGGAGGUCAGUCCCCAAUAUUUUUUAGAGAGUGAGUGUCCCAAGCCUUUGGCUCUCAAAUUUUUGGCCAACGAUCCAGAGUGCUCCAUGUGGGGGAUCUGGGAGGGGUUGGGCACCCCAGAGCCUGCUGCCCUGGCAGGCUGUCAGUGGGGUCACUCCAAAGCCACACUGAGCAGCUGGAGAUCAGAACUGGCUCCUGGAAAAGGGACAGGGAGGUGGUCCUAGCUAGGUGGAAUAGAUUUGCAAGUGAUCUUUUGAAUAUUUUCUCUACAUGUGCCUUAUCUAACGGAAUCAUAGUUCAUGGAGGAGAAUCCCCUUCCCCUCAUCCCUGCGGAAUUCCCCAUUAACUCGUCCCGUGUCACUGUAAAUAAUGAGGGAAGCACAGCCUGGAGUCUGCAUGACCCAUGUUUCCAGGGCCAAACUGGAGGGCAGAGCCUCCCUGAAUUUCAGUUUACAAGCAGCACUGACCCCCCCCUGCAGGACCAGGCUCUGGGACACGGAACGUGCUCCCAACACCGGGGGUUCUUCCUGGCGGGUGUGGGAUGUGCUUGGGAGCACGGAGUGCUUGGAGCCUCCUUACCAGAACACAUUGUGAAGCUUUUUCGGUGCCUUUGUCUCGUGUCAAGUGUAAUUUUAAGUGUUCUUUGUCGCUUGCCAUCGGAGUGAUACAAGAACUGCCUGGCGUUGACUCCCUGGAAAUACGAUGGAUGCACUACGGGGUGAGGGGGAUUGAUGGGCUUGAAGGUGGCAUUGGGCACCCUUGGGUGCCCCAUGUCCUGGCUCUCAUGCUCCUUGGUCCUGCCUCUCAGCCUCUUGCCAAAAUUCUUCAAAACCCAUUGGUUUUCUGCCGUUUUUUAGCGCGUCAGGUCAGAGGUUCCGAGGGAGCCACGAGGAGAAGCGUUGCUGGGGACUGCACAUCCCGCCCCUCGCUGGGUUCCAUGGAUGAUCUGGGGGGGCUGUGUUUAAGCUCCCACCCCCAGCCACACUGACAGUGCUUUGUGCAAGAGGAGGGGAUGCUUGGGAGCCGGAAUGGCCGCAGCUGGACACCAAAACCACUCCCCAUUAGCUCCGUGAACCCCCAGGUGGGAUCUGCCACCUCAUCCCCCUCCCUCCUCCUCGAAGCCACAAACCGUAAUUCCAGAAAGUCGACACCCCCCCCCGCUGCCUGAACAACUUAUUUUGUGGCUUUUUUUUUGUUUGUUUGUUUUGGGGGUUUUUUUGGACUCCUCUGUAUGUUUUUAAAUGUUUACAUUAGACUUCUAAGAGUUCUUAACCCCCCGGGCCGGGCCUGGCUCCUGCCCCGGCCGGGCGUCACGUGGCCGUGUCCGUGUGCGAUGUCUCGUGUCACCCGUGGAGCUCUGGCUUCUGUUUGUGUUUUUCUCCUGAUCACAAGACAAUAAAUGCUCAUCCUGUGCUUGAUGAGGAGAACUGGCCGCAUCGGGGAAGUGUCUGUUCCUAGGUAACCAGAGUUAUCUGGCACAGGGAAAUGGUAAAAUCUCUCCUUUUCCUCCCAAAGUCUCCCACUGCGUGUUGUUUUUUGGGGAGAGAGCACGUUGAUGGAUGAGGCUCAUCCUCUGUGCUGGGCACUGCUGGGAGUGGUUUGUGCUCUUAGAGAAAAGGCCUCACCAGCUUUUACCAAAGCUGCUGCCCAUUCUCAUUUCUGGCGAGAACAGGGAGCAGAGGUGGGUGGUGGGGAGAAAGUCCCAUCUCCCAAGUGCUGGGGUCGAGUUUUUCCUGCCCCCUCCACAGUCCUGGUGUUUGCCUUCCCCAGUUUAUUGCCCCAGAGGAGACUCUUAUCCCUGGAGUAAAUGGGCUGUUGGACAGUGAAGGUGAGUCUGUUCAGCACAGGGCUGAAAAUAUUGCCCCAGAUUAGAAUCCCAGAAUGGUUUGGGUUGGAAGGGACCUUAAAGCUCAUCUCAUCCCACUUCCUGCCAUG